GGUGUAUUUGAGAGCACAAGCAGGGUUACGGUGGGUGAAUACUCGGAAUUCCAUCCUACGCGGGCAAAAACAGAAUGCGUCUCAUCUGAGAGCACUGCAGGAAGCGGACGACUCGCUGCGACAGGAGUUGCGAGCCAUUACGGACGAAUGUGUCGAAUCCACUCUGCGCAACCAAGAUACCGCUCAAGGCAAAUGGCUUGCUGAAGACCCGACCCUCGCACAAAUCCAGCAAAUUCUAAUGCGGCGAUGAAGGCAUAACGGCACAUCUCGCUUUGCCCCAUCUGGGGUCUCCCUUUGAUGGCUUUCCAGAUCAAUGGAUAUUACAUGCAUUAUGGGGGGUUUUUCUGCUUCUUGGACUGGUCCACAUCGCAAAAGGAGUCCCAAAACCUCCACUGCAGGGCGCCCACCUCAUGGUUCUCUACCACGGCUCCCGGAUGCAGAUCAUGGACACGGCGCAUGUUCAUUCAUCGAAUUGGCCGAGUUCGAGCAUGGUCGCUGCUGGCGGCGACGAGAUGCUCCUUUGUAUUCAUAUCGCCUUGGGUUCUCUGCGAACUUGAGGAAAUUAGGGAUGAAGGGAACACCGUAGGCGCAGGUGUCUAUUCAUGCAGUUGCUGCUUUAUCCGGGUAGGUAACUACACAUUCGGUCAUGGGAAAAGGGAUCAGGGAUUCUCAUUAUUUUGGUCUGUCCAUACUCCCAUCUUCUUCUACUGUACUGUUGUCCCCUUUUCAUUGAUUAGUAUUAUUCUAUUUGACUUGAUGUCCCUCAUCGAUGUAUCUUCUCCAUGUAUCUAUUUCAUCUAUUCGACUACAUAUCACCCAUAGCCGCAAAGGCCAUCCGACUCUGUAGUACAUACAUCCUUCCAUCCUCUGUGCGUGCACACCUUUUGCUAUACAGUCGCAAACGCACCCCCUUCCCAAUCCCUUCUUCUAGGAUCUCUCCCAGCUCCAUCCCACGCACCCAACACUCACACAGCCGCUCCGACACCAACAAAAUCG